GCGCGGGGGGUGGCGGGGGGAGGUUUGCCUCUCUCUGUGUGUCUCUGUGUGUGUGUGUGUGUGUGUGUGUGUGUGUGCGUGUGGGAGAAGGGGGGGGGGGCGAGCCCCGUCCGCCCCUUAUAAGAGACACAAUCCUCAGCCACUUUUUUGCAAAAGGGGCUUUGCAAAGCAGCCUGCGCACACGCGAGCGCCACGAGCCUCCCCGCGGCCGCCGCACGGAGGGCGAGAGGGAGGGGGGCGGGCAGAGCCGCCCGCCGUCCCCGCCGCCCGCCCGGCUCCGCCGUCCGCUCCCGUCGGUCGCCGCUGUCCCUUUCCCCUGCCGUCUGUCGCCUAGCUCUUUUUCUUUUUUUUUUCCUAUAUAUUUCUUUUUUAAUUUUAAAUUGAACGUCGCAAGUUUUUCCUUUUUCUCUUUUUGAAUUUUUUUUUUUUUUUGUGGUGGUGGUGGGGGUACGGGGACCGGCCGUCCCUCGGGCGCCCCCGCCUCGCAGGACGCCCCCUCGCCCAUGGCCAGCGGCAGCCCCGCCAGGAUGUCCAGCGCCGCCGGGCAGCCGCCCUUCCUGCAGCCGGCGUGCUUCUUCGCCGCGGCUGUGGCCGCCGCCGCCGNGCCGCCGCAGCUGAGCCCGGCGGGCGGGCAGCCCUCGCCGGGCGGCAAGCCCUCGGCGCCGCGGGCGGCCAAGCGGCAGCGCUCGGCCUCGCCGGAGCUGAUGCGCUGCAAGAGGAGGCUCAACUUCAGCGGCUUCGGGUACAGCCUGCCGCAGCAGCAGCCGGCCGCCGUGGCGCGGCGCAACGAGCGGGAGCGCAACCGGGUGAAGCUGGUCAACCUGGGCUUCGCCACGCUGCGGGAGCACGUCCCCAACGGCGCGGCCAACAAGAAGAUGAGCAAGGUGGAGACGCUCCGCUCCGCCGUCGAGUACAUCCGCGCCCUGCAGCAGCUGCUCGACGAGCAUGACGCCGUCAGCGCCGCCUUCCAAGCGGGCGUCCUCUCGCCCACCAUCUCGCCCAGCUACUCCCACGACAUGAACUCCAUGGCGGGCUCCCCCGUCUCCUCCUACUCCUCCGACGAGGGCUCCUACGACCCGCUCAGCCCCGAGGAGCAGGAGCUUCUCGACUUCACAAGCUGGUUCUGAGCGCCGGCCGCCCUCCCGGCAGGACAGUUGCAAAAGGGA